AUGAUUCUAAAAUGGUUUCUCAUUCAAACUCUGAUGUUAUCUGUGACGACAGCAUAUUAUGGAUCAAUGAGACAUUAUCAUCAGCCUAAUAAAAAAUUGAAUGUUUCCUUUGAUGCUGCAGAUAAAAAAUAUGUUCGUGGAUGCUAUUUCACCAAUUGGGCUCAAUACAGACCCGGAAGAGGUAAGUAUGUGCCAGAGGAUUAUGUACCAGGAUUAUGUACGCAUAUAUUAUUCGCUUUCGGUUGGAUGAACGAUGAUUUCACCGUAAGAGCUUUUGAUCCAGCUGAUCUUCCAAAUGAUUGGGCUGGCGCUGGAUUAUAUCGUCGAUUAAACGACUUAAAAAAAACCGAUAAAGAGCUCAAGACUUUGCUUUCGAUUGGAGGAUGGAGCUUUGGAACUCGUCUUUUCAAAGAAAUGGCUAAAACGAGUGCUGGUCGUGAUGUUUUCAUUAAAUCAGCCAUUAAGUUUGUUCGAGACUGGAGCUUUGAUGGUAUUGACAUUGAUUGGGAGUAUCCAUCCGGUUCGGAGGAUUAUAUUAAUUUUGCGAAUCUCAUUCAAGAAAUGAAAGAGGCUUGUAAGAGCGAAGCAAUGAAAACUGGCCGUGAAGUCUUAUUAGUGACAGCGGCUGUGUCCGCAAGCAAGGAAACAAUAGACAGUGGCUACAAUGUGCCAGCAAUUUCCAAUUCUUUCGAUUUGAUAUUCCUUAUGAAUUACGAUUUUCAUGGAGCAUGGAGUAAUGAAAUUGGCUUUAACUCUCCAUUGUAUCCAAGAAAGGACAUGAAAGAAGAAGAAAAAGUUUGGAACAUUGAUUUUGCUGCCAAAUACUGGAAUGAAAAGGGAAUGCCAAGAGAUAAAAUUGUAGUCGGAAUCGCAACAUACGGAAGAGGAUGGACAAUGAAGAACACUAGUAAUCCAGUUGUUGGCAGUUUGGGAACUCCGGCUCGGGUUACACCCUUUACGCAGGAGGCCGGAGUUGCUUCUUACUAUGAACUAUGUGAUAUGUUAGCAAAGGGAGCAGUACGACAUUGGCAUGAUGAACAACAGGUUCCCUAUCUGAUUGAUGGAGAUCAAUUCUGGAGUUAUGACGAUAAACAGUCUGUUAAAACAAAGAUGAAUUACAUCAAAAAAGAAAAGUUCGCCGGAGCAUUCGUUUGGACUUUGGAUUUUGAUGAUUUUAAUGCAAAGUGUCCACUGUCCAAUGGAGAAGCAUAUCCUUUGAUUGGCACAAUAGCAAAGGAACUUGCUGACGUCACAAUUCCUAAACCAGAAACCGUAACUACUGCCCCAACAAAGCCGACCACUGUAUCUACAACUAAACUAAUAACAUCCAUUCCUGUUACAGUGACAACGACUGUUCCCCCUCCAGCUUUUUGCAUUGGGAAAUCAGACGGUUUCUAUGCUGAUGCCGACUGCAACAAAUUCGUUCUCUGUUUAUCAGAUAGAUUUUAUUCUAUGAGUUGUCCAUCCGGUCUUCAUUUCUCUCAAUCACGUCAAUAUUGUGUGCGACAAAUUGAAUCAGAUUGUGUAAACGUUGGAAGCAGUACAAUGAUUCCAAAGACAAAAUUCAUAUGUCCAUCGGAUGGUUUCUUUGGAGACAAAGAAAAUUGCUCUAAAUUUUAUCGCUGCGUAAACAAUAUCAGCUAUUCCUUCGAAUGCCCUUUUGGUCUCACGUUCCACAAAGAUUCUCUUCAAUGUGAUCAUCCUGACUUAUCGAAAUGCGAGUGA